AUGUUAAGUCACGAACAAAGAAUCGCAUUGGUGGACGCACCAAUCAACGGCAUAAGGAUACUACCAUGCAUGGUACUGGCAGCUUCUUUUGAACGGCAAGCUAAUGUAGCAAGCAGUUGGAGUGGGUCGCGCGGCCACAUUCUAGAUGAAGGCACAUUCUGGACAGCCAGUAUGAUUGCAGUAGUGAUGUUACGCAUCAAGGAGAAGCAACGGUAG